UUAUUAGAACUUGUGAUGUAAAACCAGUCAGCAGUUUUGAUAUUGUGAUGUGUUUUAUGAUCCUAAUAACAAAUGAAUAUAAAUUCUGUACAGAGACAUUUCACUUUUUUGUCAGGGAAAACCCAAUUAAAAUGCUGUUAAUUUCAUGUAACAUCAUGAAAUCAACAGAAUCUAUAAGAAUCUAAAAAAAAAAAAAAGAAAUACAACUGUGAGAGAGAAAGAUAAAGGGAGCGGCAAAGAAAAAGCAAAAGUGCUUAAAGAAACUCAUGACCACUUGACCUGUGACUAAGAAUAGCACAGACUUGAAUGGUGAGCUAAAUGACGUAGAUACUGGAAGACUAUCAACAGUCUAAUACAUUUAACUGUGGAAAAUCUGAUGGGGGUUGAGAUACACAGCAAAGUCCUGUUCUAUAAAUGAACAUUAAGGAAGAGCACAAGGUUUGACGCACUUUGAGUAUUCAUGUGGUUCCCUCUAAUUAUGCAACAAUACGUCUGCAUGUCAACAGAGGUUAAAGAAAGCAAGACACAAGGGCGAAGAAAGUGCUGUGAGCUGGGAGAAACAGUGGUGUCUUGACAUCAGAGUCAGAUUCCACUCUGUUUUUGACCCGCAUCAGUGAGAAGAGCCAGUCAGGAUGAAACUGUGUAGUUGGAAAUCUGAGUGAUACCUAAGGAAAAAUUCUUCUGAGGUUUCAGCGGUAUCAUGCAUACUGAGAGAUACUGUCAAAUUAUAAUUCACCGAGGAGGUAGUGCACUUCAAAUUCAACAAUGAACAGGCUCUCUAGGACAUCUCUGGACCUCCAGGACACAAACAGAAUACAUAAUGCAUGGAAAUCAAGAAUACAAGAAUACUUCAUCCAGAGCCCAUUACCAUGGAGGAAAAUCAACAGACGGAAAACAAAUGAAGCAAGCCUACUGGGAGAAUCUCUUGAGAUGCUCCUUUCCCAGAAAUGUGGACAAAUAGCGUUUCGGGACUUUCUGAAGUCAGAGUUCUGUGAGGAAAACCUGGACUUCUGGCUGGCCUGUCAAGAGUUCCAAGCCUUUGACAGUCCAGAGGAACUAACAAGGAGAGCAGCAAGGAUUUAUGAAGAGUUCAUCAGGGCUGAGUCUCCCAGACAGAUAAAUGUAGAUUUUUAUACAAGAGAGAUCAUCAGUCAGAGUCUCCAGCAACCAAGUCCAUCGUGUUUUGUUGUGGCACAGAAGAAAAUCUACAGCCUGAUGGCGAACGGCUCCUUCCCACGCUUCAUCCAGUCUGACCAAUACAAAGUCCUAUUUGAUGCAGCCUCUAAACAGAAAGGCCUUAGGAAGCACUGGAAGACCAGACACCAAGCAGACACUUCCCCUUCCCUUAAAAUGUCACCUCAAUAACAUAAUGUCUGGCAAGACUGAAAGGUGCGCCAAUGCAAUGGUCAUAACAUGCUGCAGGCAGUGACAUCUGGUGCACAGUCAACACUGGCCAUCACCAAAAGUAAAACCGUGAAUUUUAAUUGUGAUAUUUUGAGUGUAAACUUUUUGCACAUGACUGCAGGACUGUUGUGUAUUUUGUGAGUGUGAACUUGAACAAUGUUCAUAAAAAAAAUGUAUAUGAUUUUGACAUGUAUGCAUCAUGAGCACUGUAAUAAAUUGCUCAACUGACUUAACAAGUCACAUGGAAAGACUGUACCUUAAUGGGUGUGAUAAAAUUGCAUCAUGUGUUUGUACAGUUGGUGUGCUACUGCCACCCAGUGGUGACUUGGAAAACUUACAAACAAAAUAAAUCAUGAGUGACUGGUCUCAAUAUUUGCAAGAAAAAAAUAGCUUAUACAGGUUGUGUGUAAUAAUGAGAAAAAAGAAAGAUACUAUGAAGAUGUAACCAAGAGUAACUCUUAAUGAAUGGAAGUUGUGUCCCAACUGAACAUGUAUAUUAUAUGUCCUCAGCAAAUCCCACAAAUAAACAAGUUGUUUCUAUUAUUA